AUGACGUUGACCAAGGAGCAGUUCAACCUACGUCGCCAACUAGUCAACAACUACUACACGUAAGAGUCCUUAGUUUAUUUUCUGGAAAUAGUGAUUUCAGCCGCGUCUCGCUGAGCAAUGGAAAAGGAGAGGUUCGUCUGCCGUCGUCGACUGCUUCGUCACCUAGAGACACUACAAGCAGCUUGGCCUCGUCGCCGGCGCUACAAGCUCCUCUCCGCUUCGACCUCAACCAACUAGAAGAAGUUCCAGUCACGCCGCCGGCCAAACAAAACCAAAACCCCCAAGCCAGGAGCUCUACGGCACGGUGAAUAACUGAACGAAUCAAAAUCAACUAGUUGCAGAUAUGAAGAGACAACUUUUUGCUAAUGCAAUUAAUUUAUUGCCAAUCAAUUAAUGUAAUUACAAAUAAAAUAUUUUUGCAGUCGCGAAAGGAAUAGAACUCGGGUGAUCGCGCCUAUCGCUCCGUUGCUCGUGACGCCCGACGACAUUAGCAUCUGGAGAGACAUUCAGCAACUCACAAAGUGGUUCUCUUCCAAAUCCACGUGAAAGAGAAAAAUUGCAGCCAACUUAACUCCAUGAACCGCAUACACAUUCCACAGAUCGAGCUCCUCAAACACAUUGACGAUGUUAUCGCAAUCAUGGUUUGACCAUCGAAGAUGCAUAUAAACGCAUACAGUUUUAGGACAACAACACUAGGACCGACCUGGGAAGAGGCGACAACUAA